AUUGGCAAAGUAUACAUUUUCGACCCUCGUGCGUUUCUGUAGAAACACAAUCAUGUCUGCUCCCUUAGUGUCUCUACUCGGAUGCUAUCUACGGUCAUCUCGGCUCCUAGUUGCUAGGCGACCAUGGAGCUCCAGCCCUGUGAGCUCGCCUCCCCUGCACACGAGGCUGCUCCUCUACCUCACCAAGCGCUUCUAUGACGUUGAGAUGCUUCUAAGAUUGAAGUCUCUGAUGAAGAGGAGAGGGCUAAAGACGGAGAAUGCUUACUACAGCUACACCCAGAGCCUUUAUGGAGCUGACAUUGCAGCAGCCUACUACACUUUGCGUUUAAAGGGUGGAUUCCGGUUUGCUGGCCAUUCAGAAUGGUACCGGGCAGACCAUAAGGGCAAGUUCAAUUGGGAUUUCUUGAAUUACAAAGACACACCUCUCGAGGAAGUAGACAUGAGUUAUUCAGUCAUCAACUACAUUGGACUAUCCAAUUUGGAGGGGCAACGGUCUUUGCAGACUCUGUCCGUACGAGGAUGUCCAGAGGUGGAUGACUGGUUCUUGGCUAGACUCCACGUGUUCCAGGACUCUCUAAAGGAGCUGGACAUCUCUCAUUGUCCACGCAUCACCACAGGCGGCCUGGUUGCCCUGAGGAAUCUCAAGGGACUGCGGCGUCUGGACGUGUCGGCCCUUCCAGGGAUUUCGACACCUGGCUUGGUGAUCAUCCUGCUAGAGGAGAUGUUACCACAAUGUGAGAUCAUCGCUUCUGGUUACGAUUACAAUUUAAAGCAAGUUGAGGAAGAGUGCAGUCAGGGGUAGAAAAAAAAUAAAAUCGCUUUGGUAAUUAGACACAUCCAGGAUAAAUAAAGAAAAAUCACAAGUAUUUUGUUGGUUUCAGUAUGCAUUAGAUUAUUCAGGUUGGAUUAGAUUAUUCAAUUAUGUAUUUGUUGGUAAACUGUGUAUACAGUAUGUUUUUAAUAAAGGUUGAUCCAAUUCGA